GAGGGGCGGCGGUGGGGCGGGGGCUGGGGAGGCGAGCGGUGCGAGGGGGUCGCCAGCUGAGCGCCGCCUGCCCCGCUGCGCGCACGGCGCCGGGCGGGUUUCCCCUUCGUCACAGACCCCCGCGACCGCUCCCGCGCCCCUGCCCCGCAGCAGGGACCGGCAGCCUCCCGCGGCCGGGCGGGGACGAGGCGGCGCCCCGGGGCGCGGCGGCCCGGCAGCGCGGCGGUAUGAGGGGCAGCCGCCGGCCCGCCGCCGCGGCCGUCCCCCGCCAGCCGGCGGGCGGCGCGGCGGGGAGCGCGGCCCCGGCGAGAAGCGAGAUGGCCCCCCGGAACCAGCCGCGGCGCGGGCUGCGCGCCCGGCGGGCGGCGUGAUCGCCUCCCGGCCAAGCCAUGGGCCAGACCUCGGUCUCCACGCUGCCCGAGCCGGCCGGCGUUGAUGGUCUGGAUAAGGCUUCAAUCGCUAACUCGGAUGGACCAGCCCCAGGAUCCCAAACUCCUCCCUUCAAGAGGAAGGGCAAACUUUCCACCAUUGGCAAAAUCUUUAAACCAUGGAAAUGGCGGAAGAAGAAGACUAGUGACAAAUUCAGAGAAACAUCAGCAGUGUUGGAAAGGAAGAUUUCGACAAGACAAAGCAGAGAGGAGCUGAUAAGAAGGGGAGUGCUGAAGGAAAUGCCUGAGCAAGAUGGUGAUGUAACAGUAAAUUUUGAAACUUCAAAUGGACACACCAUAGCCAUUGGUGAAGAAACCAUACGGGAAGAAAAUGUAGUAAAAGCCAGUGCAGAUAAUGGUACUUUAUCAGAGAAAGCGUCGGCAUUGGAAGGGAAAAAAGAAGAUCAGAAAGCGGGUUCCUCUCAUGCAAAAAAACCACCAGUCUCGAAGUCCUCUUCAUCACCAUCUCCUUCGUCCACAUCAUCUCAUCCCAAAGCCUCUAAGGAGACUUCCAACAAAUCUGGCACAUCAGGGACUCCCAGGGGCAAGAAAAAACCUGGGAAACAGUCAGCCCCACGAACAGCGCCAGAUGGGGCUGCUUCUUCCCCCUCAGGUGCCACAGCCAACAGGUUGGAAGCAAAGGCAGAAAAACCUGAGCCUGAGCAACCUUCCAUAGUAAUUUCCAAAACAGAGGAUGGAGACCAACUGAGCAAGCUCAUUGUCCCCCCUCCUCCCACUGCUGCCCCUCCUCCGCCUCCACUUCCACCUCCUUUCCCUGCUGCAGCUGGUCAGCCCGCUGUCUCCUCGGAUGCCCAAGAUGUGUCAGAUGGCUGCAUGGCAGGGCCAGCUGUCCCCGGAUCGGAUACUAAACUUCUUCUCCAGACUGAGCGUGGCACAGACGAGGGCCUGAGCAGUAUGGCCCUAGACAGCAGUGCAGAUGCUAGUGGAGAAGACACAAAAAGCUUGGCUGCCAAAGAAGACCAAGAAGCAGAGGCACCUGACCAGGCACACUCUGAGCUGGUGGAGGAGGCUUCUGAUGCUGCGGCUCCUCCUGAGAGUGAAAGUAGCAGAGAGAGCCACAGCAGUGACUCGGACUCUGAUGGGCCAAUACUGUACACAGAUGACGAUGAUGAUGACGAUGACGAUAAUGCAAGUGCUGAAAGCUCUUUGGCAAGUAAAAUUCGUCGUAGGGAUACUCUUGCUAUCAAACUUGGCAACAGACCAUCUAAGAAAGAAUUAGAAGACAAAAACAUCUUGCAGCGUACAUCUGAAGAGGAGAGGCAGGAAAUCAGACAUCAGAUUGGAACAAAGCUAGUGAGGAGACUUAGCCAGAGGCCUACGACUGAAGAGCUAGAGCAAAGAAAUAUCCUGAAGCAGAAGAAUGAAGAAGAGGAACAGGAAGCCAAAAGAGAAAUUAAACGUAGACUCAGUAGAAAGCUCAGCCUGAGGCCUACAGUGGCUGAACUUCAAGCAAGAAGAAUCCUUCGAUUUAAUGAGUAUGUGGAGGUCACGGAUUCUCCAGAUUAUGACCGUCGUGCUGACAAGCCUUGGGCCAGGUUAACUCCCGCAGACAAGGCAGCAAUACGGAAAGAGCUGAAUGAAUUUAAAAGCACAGAAAUGGAAGUACAUGAGGAAAGUCGGCAAUUUACCAGGUUUCAUCGUCCCUAACUGUUUGACCACAUCCCAUAUUUCAUGUAAUAAUUUUCUUUGGGGAAAUCAUUGCGUCCUGAAGACCUGCGAUUGCACUGGAACUUGGCUGAGUAUGAGUGUGUGCUACAGCUUACCCUGAGGUUAAUGAAGGAUGUGGCUCUCAUCUUUAUCAAUGGACAAAUGAUUUGUCUGGGAGGAGAAUCCACAUGAAGUGUUUGUCAGUGCUAAGACAGACCACGGUUCUGUGGCUAGCCCACACAGACGAGUCAGUGGACUUCUUCGUCAGAGCUCCACAAGUCAGGAAGUGCUGAAGACAAUCGCUUGAGAGCCUGUUACUAGGAACUCAUCAGACUUCACAGGGUUGUGACUGAGGGUGACUGGGAGGGGGGAGUGUGAAAAGGACUGAGAGCGUGGGGGAAGAGAGAUUUCGCUUGUCAGUCCACAGAGAAAAGUGGAACAGAUGGGACUGCUUAAUGAUGCACUUGGCCAGUGGGAGGAAUUAUUUUUUCAUAAAAACUUCAGAGUGUGAGCAGCUGUGCAUGUAUAUUUUUUUUUUAGUGGCCGCAGCCUGUCUUAGAAAGACAGCAAGCCACAAGUCCUCAUGUCAUCAGUACUUUAGUGAAGAACUGUAAUUUUCUCUAGUGCCAGUAAAUACAGUUGCCAGAAAUUAGUCCUAGUAUAACUCAGCUGUCUUUUUUAAAAUGCUGAUGAGCAUGCUUCAAGAAAAUACACUGAAGAUUCAUACAGAACAAGUCAUAUAUUUUUGGUUUUUAAUGUUGACAUACUCUGGAUCCUCAGAAAUACAUACAGGAUUUGAAGGACAAAUAAUGUGACACUAUGAACACAAAGAAAUGCUUCAUGUUUAUAAACACUCCUUGCUGUCUGUCACUUGCCAUUCAAACCAGAGGGAUCAUUAUCUUUCUGACCUAUGGCAGGCAGUGGUGACAAUUUUGACAUCAUGCUAUAUGAAUCCAAAAUCAGAAUUGAAAUUAGGAACAAAAGUCUCUACUAGUAGGCUUGAGCAGUGAUUACUGAUGUGACUUUUUAUGUUUAAGCACUCUUGCACUGCUUUCAGGAAGAACUCCCAGAUGAAUCAGUAUGACUUCACCCAGUGGUCCUCUAAAAGUGAAUGGAAAAUCCUUAAGAGUGCCUGCAGCCUGUUUUUGUUGAGUGUGAAGAAUGCUUCUUAGAGUCAUAAUUUUUUAUACAACCUUAAAAUUGUACAUGUGAAUACAGUACUAUUAAAAUUAAGUGGUAUGGAGUGUGAAAGGCAAUACAUGGUUUUUCUAAGUUGGCCCAAAGGCCUAUUAAAAAGCCUGUGGCAUUGUUUACACUAAGAAAUUCUCUGUCUUAUAUUAGCACUUAUUUAUCCUUUGAAUUAAUGUACACAACUUUGGGGGGGAGGGGAGGUCUGAAAUUCACAUAUGCAUACAUUUAAUGCAGUAUUACAGUAUAUUUGCUAUUUAUCCUUUCUAAUGUGUGUAUAUAUACAAUUUAUUUUUGUCUUUUAUGUGCCCUGUUUAGUUUCUAAUUAUGAAGUGUAAGUAUUUCUCUUUCAGGCAAUAAAAGGUCUGUGUAGAUGUGAUUUUUACCUCAGAACCUGCAAUAGAUUCUUGUGGAAUAUUUUUGGUUUAUAAAAUUGAAGGUUGUUGUUUUAGAUGACAGCCUAAAGGCAGGAAGGCAAUUUGGUGGCUAAAAUUAGAUCUCCCUCUUUACUGAUAUUUACAACAGGACCAGGUUUGCAUAAAUGGGGUGGAUUAUUUUAGUAAAGAGCACUUCUAGUAACAGAAGAGUGUGUUCCAACAGCUGGCACUCUAUUACUUUUAAAGAGAUUGACAAACCUUUUUUUAAAAAAGAUAGAUUUAUAUGACUCUUAGGCUCCCUUACAUUUUAGUAAAAAUGUAGUGAUGUACAGACUCCAGAAUAUCAAUAACUAAAUAAAAUAGCCGUCUACAUGCUUGUAGCAAAGAAAAGGAAGCAGCACCUUCCUUUUUUAAUGGAAUCAAUAAGAGCCAUUAGGAUUCCAUUUACAGAAAACAGUUUAGCUUCUGUGGGGCCCAUCAUUUUAUAAAUAUAGAAACACUGCUUUGACAUCAAGGAAGCAGUGAAAAUGUAUUCUUUGGCACUAAAUCAUACAGGAAUGAUCAGGCCAUUAGAGUUAAGGUUUGUCAGCAAUUCUGCUAGAAUCCUAAUUUUUAUUUUUAGAAUUUGAAGAGUAAACUUAAAACUUAUACUAGCACUUCAUAAAUAGUUCUCCUGCUUAAACUUUUUUUUUUUUGCUCUUGUUGCAAAAUUUAGAAAUGUGUGUCCAAAAUCCUAUAAAGGUCUACUAUGUUGACUUUGAAGUAUAUAACAUGGUAUUUCACUUCAAAGGAAACAAGUGGAGCAAUUAAAGAGACCUCAGUGUUGCCUUAAACAUUUUGAAACAUUCGAAAGCAGCCAAGAUACCGAAGGCAGAAAGGUAGCUGUUGCACACACAGAAUAACUUGGACAAAGGUAAGGCUGGACUGUAUAAACUUUAUGCAAGACAGUAGCUCCACUGACCUGCCAGGGCACAUACAGGUUGCACGAGCAACCUAAAACUUGUUAAACUCUUAGGAUGAAGUGAAUGAAUUGACUUUGCAAAGAGACAUUCCUCUAUACUAGGCCUGGAGCAUGGAUAGAAAGACAUGUGCCAUCUCUUGUUUUAAGAGUUAAAACACAAAGAUGAAGAUAGAACUUCUGUCUCAGACUUCCUCAAACUGCAUUUUGCAAUAAGAUGUGAGGCAUCACUUAGGCUUUCCCUAUCUUCCUCCUGGGUUUGGGGGUGGUUUUUUAAGUAUUCACUACAAGACGUUGCUAGAGGCAGAAUGCUAGCCUGGACAGAGGUACUGAGCUAAUCUUUAAAUCCUUAUGUAACUUCUUAUUUUGAUUAUAGCUAAUCAGAUACAUUCUUUGGCCCACAAUUCAGCAAACUACUUAACCAGAUUUAUGGAACUGGACAAAAGAGUUGCCUUUGUUGCAGCUUAAGUAGAAAUGUAGUAUACUUGCAGAAUUAGAACUAUAAAACUAUCCAUUAUGUAUUGCACCUACACACAGAUUUAGAAUUUUAUAUACUGUUUUUAUAUUCUAAAUAUCAACUGGCAGAAAAAUGACAGCUGUGAAGUGUUAUCCAUGCCAUAAAAAAUAACAGGAUUUUGGUAUGUCACUGUGUGCAGCGAAGCAAGUUUGCUUUACCUUAUUGAGCUGCUUGAAGUUGGUUGCUGCUCUGUCUCCGAGUCCUCUGUAUCGAUGGUUUCAAAUGUCUUCAACUUGCUACAACAGCCUGUUGGGAAUAAUACAUCGUGUACCUAACUGCCUAUGGUGCUGCUUGCCUGUUAGAAGGGGAAAAUCAGGGUAAGUCCUGAGAAACUCCUGAGUAAUUCUUGAGGAAAAAAAUAAAAAUAUUUUUAAAAGACAGAUAAAAAAAAACUUCCCAAGCAAUGCAUAGUACAGUCCGGCUCGUCUAAAAGGGAUCGGUGUGUUAAUUUUUAUCAAGUUGGACAAAUAAUUUUAAUGUCAUCCACAACAUACAACAAACCUUACACACAUACCUAUGUUCCAGAGAGUCAGAUACGAACUCAGAUGUCUACAUCCAUACAAACAGAAAAUUAGUAUCUUGAAGUAGUGGUGUCUGAAAUGACCUCAUAUGUCACGUUUAUCAGUAGGAUCACAGAUCACAGCAUGUCACUGUGGGUGCAGAAGAAUGGAUGCUUAAUCAAAUCCGAAUUUCUAUACAUAAAUUGAAAUGGUUCUGGAAUGUCUCUUGUCUCUCUUCUUUCCAUUAAUAUGUAUUUGUCCUUAUAACUGAAAUCAGUUGUUUCAAAUCAAAAGUAGUCUUAUCUGAAUUUCCUCAAAUUGUGAUAUAUGUGUUGACUCAACAAGUAAAAAAACCCACACAUUUUAAGCUAAAUGCUAACAAUUAUUUAAGCUAAAUACCAGGAGUAGUGUCUUCAUAAUCACUGAAAGUUUUCACAGGCAUUUGUAGGUCUACAAAAUUGUAUUUAUUUGCUGGGUUUAGCUUUUACCUAGAGUUGUGUGUGUCCCUUGCUGUGGUGGACUUAACCAGCCACUGAUGUGGGGCAGUGUGGGGCAGCCCUACCUUCUGCUUCGGCCACACUGAGCAGCUCUUGGAGAAGCACCAGAGCUUCAGUGUUGACAUGUAAAAACCAUAUCGGAGGACCACCUUUUUUUUUGUUGGUUUUGUAGGUUUUUUUUCCUUGAAAACCAAAUGAAAGCUGUAAAACAAGGGGAUGAAAAUGUCCCUGACAUGACAGAAAUUAGACCCCUCCUUCCAGGUGAGAUUAGUGCUUUGUUUCCAGUGGAGAUGCUUCAACCCCAGAUCUGAGACUAGUAACACUACAGUUACAUCAGAGAAUUUGUGUGGAAAUAGCUGUCACUUAACCUGAGUAUAAAUAUAGUCUGAGCCACAAUUCUGUAUUGCCAUAAGAUGGGAGGAAGAUCCAGCCAGCAGAGACUAAAGACGUCUAUCUAGUCUGGCAGCCUGAGAAGCAACUGAAACCCCCUCAUCGGCUGCAGCUGGCAGCGGGUCGGAGCCAGGGCAGGGAGAGCCACACUGUCACCACGGGUACGGCAGACUGCACCAGAAGGACGGGCCUGGGUGAUCCGAAGUAGAGACUAGAUGAUCAGCCCAUGUCUUAAUGUCCAUCAACGCUUUAAUGAUAAAGUAAACCAAGCUAAAAGCCUACAUUCGCAUUGAAUUGUCAGCUAAAAGCCUACAUUCGCAUUGAAUUGUCAGGUAUGCCAGAACUGCGUCUUUUAAUGCUUUCACAUCAUCAGUUUUUAUUCAUACCUCAAGGAGUUAUGACCUGUGCCAGUGCUGUAAACUAAAAUAAAGAUAUACUCAGGGUGAAUAACAGAAUAAACUUGCCUCCUGCCUUUAGGAGCUCCCAUGUUUAGCUCCAUCAUUGUUGCUACCUUUAUUAUUAUUGUACAAAGCUUAGUGCAAUGCUCAUUGCGGGAACCUAGCUUGUGAUGAACAAAAAGAAGCAAUUCUGGAAGUUUUUAUUAGGUUGAUUUAAAAUAUUUGGAGGAUCAAAUUGAAAGAAAAUUAAAUUCCCCAGAAAGCUUAAAGCUUCUAUUUAACAGAUGUUUGAAAAAAAAAGAAGAAAAACUUAUGCAAGUGUUAUCUAUAUAGAGAACGGGAGAAAUGGAAUAAAAUAACAUCUUUCAUCAUAAUGGUUCGGCAGGUUUCUAUUUAUUGAUUUUAAUAAUCAAUAAGGUCUUGUUUCACUUUGUCAGUGUUCCCAUCUUGUUUCAGGAUUUUAAUGGCAACAGAGCUCAUAUGAACUAGAUGCAGAAUCUCACCAAUAUUUCAUCAUUUUCUAGAAGCUAAAUAUUGCACCGGAUAGGAACAAAGACAGUAAUGGCAUUCUCUGUAUCUCCUUGUUUAAUCAUUAAUUCUUUACAUUAAAAAAGUCUUGCAAUACUAUGUCAAAUUUAACCAUAUUUGAACAUUGUUAUAAUAUAGUAAAACGUUGCUGAACAUGCCUUCUCUUCCUUUCACUACUUUGUGUGGUGGUAUAUUGAUUUGUAAACUUGUAUAAAUUUUGGAAUUAAAGAAAUACUGUGUUUUGGAUGA